AUGGACCACAAACUGUUGCGAGAUCUAGUGCUAUUAUCUUUGUUAACCUCUCUCUACAUGCUUUUUGGCGCGGUUGUGUUUCAAACGUUGGAAAAUCGCCUUGGGGAAGACCUUACCACCAAGAACUUGACCGAGUCAUUAGAAAAAGACCUACUUCAAAAGUUCAAUGCAACAAGGCAAGAAUUGGUGAUGAUUUUAGCGCGUGUGAGAGAGAUUGUUGGCAAAGAAAGCAAUGCCCAGAAGACAGAGUGGACUCUUUAUUCAUCGCUUUAUUUUGUUGGGUCAGUUAUAACCACUAUAGGUAAGUUAAAAAGAAAUUUAGUUCAAUAAUCGUCCUGAAGGCUUAGUAUUCGAUGGUCCGUAAACAAAGCAAGACAGAGUUUGAAAGGUCUAGAAAAAUUUAUUUCAGUUUCAUUUUUCUUGCGAUAAAGCACGACCAAAGAAAGUUAAAUCUUCUAGUUCACUGGGGCGUAGCAAGGGGGUUGUCCUGAGGUGCUCAUGAUCCCCCCCACCCCACCCCUUUGUGAUAUAAUUGUUUUAUGUCCCUAUAAUUCUAACCUGAGAUCAGGCCCAAUUUGAGCGGUUCUCAUACAUUCUCUCUAACGGCUACCGCUUUGCCCGCAAGAAUGUAAUUUUCAAAGCGAAACGAAAAUAGAGCCUGAUCUCAGGUUACUAUAAUUCAGAUGGGCAAAACGCAUCCGAAUCUGAAGAAUCAACAUGCCAUAAAUCUUUUCCAGUGCAAGACUGUUGGUUUCUCCAUUUGCAGGACCAAACAUCUGCAGUGGACCACGUUCUUGUUCGUAACUAAAACGAGGCUCCUUCUAAAACAGAGUAGUUUAUGCUGCUUGGAACUUAAUUAAUCUAUGCAGCUAUCCUGUAGGUUUGAACUCCCCCCACAAUCGCUGCUUAUAUGAAAAAAGAAUGUCACUUUUAUUAAAACACGUCCUGGUUCUUGACAUGUCAAUCUGGCAGCUACCCUGGGUGUGACUCAGUGACCCACCCUUUGAAAAAUCCUAGCUACGCCCCUGUUUCAGAAUUUUUACAUUCUUCCCUUUGAUUUUCUGAUUAUUUCUUAUUGAGAUUCCAUUUCAAUUCAAAAUAGCCGGGUGUUAUUCCCUUUUUUAUCUACACCAAAAGGUCUUUCAGUAAUGCUAAAUAUUUUCAGUCAUUAUUAUUUUACAGUUAACUCUAAAUCUAUUUUAAAAGACACUUCAGCUAUAAUUAAAGAAAGCUAGCCACCUCCCUAAAUUAGACAAGAGGAGCUGCCUUCAUGUAUGUUACGCUUUACCUUCACUCUUACUGAGGUCAGUGACACUUCUCUAUAAGACAAGAACUUAAUACCGGUUCUCAGAGAGUGAACUUUCAUUUAAUUUUCUUAAUCUGGUUUUUACAGGUUACGGUCACAUAUCGCCGCGAACUGCAGCUGGACGUUUGUUCUGCAUAUUCUUUGCCAUUAUAGGAAUCCCACUCAACCUUCUUACUCUAAAGGCUCUUGGAGACGGAAUCAAUGAGCUUCUCACCAAACUGAUCACGAAUUUCGAGAGGAAAGUUCUCAAAAGGGAGCCAGCGCACCUUAAGAUAAAAACCAUGAUCUUCUCAGCCCUUCUGAUGGUACUAGAGUUGAUCUUGGGCGGAGUCUUGUACAACUACACAGAAGAUUGGGAUUUCUUGGCUUCUGUGUACUAUUGCUUCGUUGUAUUCAGCACCAUCGGAUUUGGCGAUCUGGUCCCGAAUCAAGGCCGAGCACCUACUGAAGAUUACCUGAUUGGUAUGAUAAUUAUGCGAGCUGUCUUGUUGAUCAUCGGACUGUCAACUCUUUCCAGUGUUUUAACAAGUGUUGUUUGCGCAGCAGAAGAAAUCAACGCGACUAUUCCCAAGUUCUGCUGUAUAAAGAAGAGGGGGAGAGUAAGGUCACUUUGCUUGCGAUCUAAGCAGUCACGAGAUGACAAUCCCACUGACGUACACAGCGAGCCAUCAGGAGCCUCGACAACCUAUCAUCUUGAUACCGAGUUAAUCGGUAUUGAAUAG